AUGACGAGUCCGCCCGGCGCGGCGGCUCCGCAGCGCCCGACUUACCCGAUCGCAGCUCCGAGAGGCCUUUCCUCUCACGAGACAUGUUUGCGGGUCACUUCGGGGCCGCCGGCGGGACACCCCGCCGCCGAGGGGAAGCGGGGACGGUGCCGCCGCCUGCCCUGUAGCUGUCAGUGUGUGCUCACGAGCCGAGCCUCGGCUCCACCAUUCAAGCAACGGCGGCGGAGGCGGAGGAGGAGGAGGAGGAAACAACAACUCUCAGGCAGCGGCCCCGGCUGCGGCCGCCUCCGCCGGGAUCCCUCCGCCGCAGAAAGGAGUCCGCGCCUUCGCGGCCCGCACUCGCCGCCCCCGCCCCCCGCGGGAAAAGGAGUGCCUCGGCCUAGGCCUGCGCUGUCACACACACACACCCCGCCGCCCCCUCCGCGCGGCCCCGGGCCGCGACUUAUUUAUUUAUUUUUCCAGCCCGAGAAGAUGCCGGAGCCGAAACGGCGGGCUGGCGGGCUGGCUGGCUGGCAGGCGCUUUCUCUGAAGGAGGCCGCCCGCGGGAGGGAGAAAGGGAAGGAGGGAAAGGAGGGGGGGGGCCCCGGCACGGCUGCGCGGAGGGAUCUGACGCACACGGAGCCGCAGCACAGGCUCUAUUCAGCGGCGCUGGCUGGGCUGAGAUGGAAGUUAGUUUCUAUGUAGCAGAAAUAGGAAACAAAUGAAGCAAAACUGCCCAAAGAGGGGAAAUGCCGGGAGGAUGGGGCUCACUCUCACGCACGCACAGAGAGACACUCAGGGAGCACACUCUCACGCUGGGCCAAGUCGGGAUCGCGCCGCCCUGCCCGACUUGAACGCUAGUGUUUGCUUUCUGUCUUGCCAUGUGCAUGAGUAUAAAUGCUGCGGAUUGGCAUCUGUGUAAGUCUUGUCCUGCGAUAUUUCUGCAGCCUGUGCAAGUGUUGUGUAAUUUAUUGGAGUGCCGUGGAUUGCCAUAGAGGUUCGGGCUGCUUUUUUUUGUGAGGCACUUGGCGUUUUGCAAACCCGUUAUUUCCCGAAGCCACCUCUGCAUAUUUCUUUUAUUACUACCAUUGCCUGAAGCGUUCGAUUUAAAAAAAAAAAAAAAAUGUUUUUUUGUUUUGUUAAACGGAUAGGAGGAACUCCAGAUUUUGUACUUCAGAUCAUCUUUUCCCCCUUAUUACAAAAAGGCUAGUGAUGGCUAAUUAGGGAUUUGGGAGAGAAGAACCGUAAAGCUUUUUAAAGUGUUUACAAGAAGGGCUAAUAUAAACCUGAGGGGAAGGAAAGGACGCUAGCUAAUACUUAAUCUCUAACUGAUAUGAACGUAAAUUACUGACCGGUCGAUAACCUACCGAAGGUUAUUGAAAAGAGUAUAUUACAGUUUAGCCAAGGUGAUUAGUGAUUAAAUAAUUUAAAUUAUCUGUGUAUCUUGCAGUUGACUUCGUCAUGCUAAUUAAUGGCUUCUAAUUUGAGGUGUAAACCAUUCCUGUUUACAGUUAAUCACCGGAGGACUUCUUAAAAACAGACGAAAAGCAGAAACAAAAAUCUUUCGUAAAUCAGAAUGUAAUUACUGGUUUCAUAUGAUAAAUCGUUCAUCUUUGUUUUGCUGAUGAGGAUAGGGGCCUUGUUAUUUUUAAAACGAAUAUGGGUGAAAUUAAUGGAAACAAUGGAAAAUGCCAUUUGUUAGAAAACAAGGACACCAAGUGAUAUUUAUCUCCAGAUGAUUUAAACACUUUCCAAAAAGACUUUGAGAGGUCAGUUUUUUAGAGGUUGGCAUUUUAAAAAAGAAUUAGGAAAGUCGUUCUUUUGUUAAUCCUUUAACAAAAGAUCCUCUUUGAAAUUUUUAGAUAAUAAGCUGCAUUUUUAUGAGUCUGAUUUUAAAAGGUAAUUUGUGAGGUAAGGACCAAGAAGCUGUACUGUGGUUUUCCGGAUUGUUCCCUCAAAGCUCGCUCCCUCCUAGCUCCUUGCCUUCCUGGUGGGAAAUGCUGCAGCUGCCUUGGGCUGAACUGCAAGAGUGCACUAAAACAUCAGAAAUGCUUACACGUGGAAGCAAGAGGGACCAACCUCCACCCUUUCGGAAUAAUGGGAUAUAAAAUUGCCUUUUGUAACUCAAUAAAAUAGAAAUGAGAGGUUACCAUGAUUGGUCCUGUCACCGCCUCGUUAUCAGAAGAACCGCUAGCAAGCUGACAUGGCUAUCCUCAGAUUCGGAAAAUGUUUGCAUUUUUAAAGGCAUUUUAUUCUUACAGUGAUAGGUAAAAUAGCUGGCUUCUAGAUGCUUAGGCUUAAAAACAUAUUUUAUAUGCCUUUUGCAAUUGUAUUUAUUUAUAUGGCUGAUGCUGUUUUAUCUUUACUUCUUAAAAUGUGUUAUUUCUUUACAUAAUUGUGAUAUUCCACUGGGAAGGUCUUUAAAUCAACAGAUUAUGAGAACUAGAAAUUCUACUUGACAUUUUCUGGUUCUGAAUGCACACACUAAUCUAAUUCUUAUGCUUAGAUUUUUUUUUUAUCCUUGUGAAGUAAAGUCAAAUUUCGACAUGUAAUGCAAAAUUUCUCUGGGUAAAGUUUCCUGUACAUGCCUUAUAGGUGUUUGGGAGAUAUGCAAAGCUAUCAUGAUUAUUUCAUGUAUGCUUUUUAUGCAGAAGCCUUAUGAGCUUUUUCAUGAGACUAAAAUAAAAAAUAAAUAAACUUGUUUAAGAAAAGCCUGCUUCCUUCUGAAUAUCAUAUUCAGAUAUUCCCAUUGUUUUGACUAACCCUUGACAAUGUUUUUAGUUUCUUUUUGAAAAACUUAGUUUGAAAACAGUACAAGCUUGCCUUUAAACUAAUUCCUAUCAAUACUUUGUAUUAAAAACACAGAGAACUUGACAAAAAUUAAGAUUUUUUUCUCCCAUUCUCUCAGUCCAAUAAAGUAUUAUUUUCCCUCUCACUGUUAAAUUAUAUCCUGAUAAAUCCAUUAAUUUUUUUUGAAAAAAAAAAAUAAAUAAAACCAAGAUCACUUCACAUAAGUCUCUUUAACAUCAAACAUUUCAGUUCACUGGGAGCUUGCUCAGUCAUCUAUUGUGCAUCUAUAUGCAAAAUGUCUGUGCUUAUCAAAUAGAAGUUCCUGUUUAGAAGCCCUGUAUUUUAUUCCCACAGCAGAGUGUGUACAGUUAUUUUCACAGGUUAUCUGUUUCUAUAGAGAGUUGAGAUUCCACCCACAGCCCUUUCUAUUUUCAUCUCUUUCAUG